CGAAAGAAUAGCGAAAAAGAAUAAUCGAGAGCACCAAAUCAAUCACGAGAAUCCCAAUCAAACUUCGUUGGGACACCAAGACAGCACGCAGGAGAGUUACUUCUCUUCAUAUAUCAAGUUAAUUGGUUCCGUUAACAAGAUCAAAUAGUAAUCCUGAGUUGUUCUCUGCGAUCGACCUGCACUUCUGUGAAUACUGAAUUCUCUGUCACGCCGUUUCGAUUUUCCUCCUUCCUAACAACCCACGCGUCAACCCCGUUGUGCCAAGAAAUUCCAAGCUUCUUUCUCGUUAUUUUUUGGAUCCCACUGUUUCUUCUUCACCCCUUUCCCUUCCCUUCCUAUUUCUCUCUAUCUUUUCUCUCGCCCUUUUCGUCUGCAAUUUCUCAUAUCCCCUCUCUUUUUUCCAUUUUCCGGGAAAAUAUAUCACUGAUUUUAUAGGAAAAUUGUAUCCUCUUUCUUUUCCCCUUUCUUGAUGGAGUUUACGUAGGCAUGAACCGCCUUACCGCCGCAACCUUUUUACCUGUUGUAUUUUCUUCGAUAAUUUUAAUUGCAUUUGCCUGAUUACCCGACCUUCCUUGGUUCAUACGUUAUAAUUAAUUUUUGGUUUUGUUCGUCGAUAUUUUUAUAUUUGUUUUGGAUUGAAGACAAAGCUGAGACAUAAAAACCUUGAUGACUCGGCAAUUGAUGCCACAAUCACCGCCGGUGGUGCCGCGAGGGAAGCAUCGGGCAGGAGAAAUAGCCGGCGGGACUGCGGCGGAGUGCGCUGCUGUGUGCUGCUGCUGUCCGUGCGCGGUGGUCAACAUAUUGGUAUUGGCAGUGUACAGAGUUCCGGCGGGUCUGUGCAAGAAGGCAAUUCGCCGGAGAAGACGGCUGCGUUUGCAGAAGAUGAAAAACAAGAUGUACUUGCAGCAACAGAGUUCCAACAAUGGCAACGCCAUUAUCACGCUGGAGCAAUGCCUAUCGGAGGAGAUGAAGACCUACGGCAUCGCUGGCACGGCGGAAAAGGUGGAAGAAGGAUCAGAGGCCGAUGAGUUGGAGAAGGAGAUGUGGGCCCGGUUCCAGGGAACCGGAUUCUGGAGGAGCUCUUCUCGGCGGCUAGAACCGUAACUGCAAAACGGGUGGUUAUUACCGUGUGCGAGGGCCGAGGAGCCCCAAGUGGCUCCGAUAAUCCGAUCAGUCUUCGUGAGGUUGAAAAGGCAAGGCGAAGCUUGGGAUAGAGUUGGUUACAAAAGCUUAGAGAGUGGAGCGAAGGCUCUUCUCUUCAUAGAAAAUUCCUUGAGAGCACCGAGGAACUUCUGUCAAAAGUCUAAAGUCCUGUUCUAGUUCAUGAGAAUUCUUGGCAAGUGCAUCCGCACAUCUUACUGAAGCUCGGCCUGUGUGCAUUUGAGAUUUCUAUAUUUCAUAAAUUGGGGAAUGCUGUCUGGCUUCAUCCCUGGCGGCAUCAUUCCAGGCUUCCAGUAACACAUCUGCGAGAAUAAUUAAUAAGUGGGAGUGGAGGAAAUUGAGACAUGAAAUGACUGAAAGAACAGAGAAAGGUCUGGUGACAAAUUAAAAUUGUUACUAAGUUCUGGUUAACAACAUGAUUUGAACCGUUCCCGUCUUUACAAUUUUCAAUGUCCUACACGCUUCACGUCGUUUUGGAUUAGCAGCUUUUUAUUUGUAUAAAUACUUUAGAUGUUUUUUGGACUAAUUUAUACAUUAU